CCACCGGACUCAUGCAGGGGCGUCAAAAAGCCCACAUUUACAAGAACCAGACUUUACUACUAGCAUUUACCCUGGAGCAGUUUGUAGACAUCCUCGACAGCAGCUCUGUGGAUCUAUCUACUUGAUCAGCGCGAGCUUCCGGCUGAGGUCACAGUGUCACUCCGCGGGGUUGUGAUGCGGCUGCAGACAGUGCGGAAGGAAACAGAAAGUAGCAGACUGUAAACCUACACAAAACAGAGAAGAAGGUGACGAUUUAUACUACAGAAAAGCUGGACAGAGAUGCAACUUCGUUUUCACCCUAAGAAGAACACAUAGGCAUGAUGCACGUGGAGUGGUCGUUGUAACUACAGUGAAGUAGGUCAGGAGCAUUUCUGUGCGUGCAGUCCAAAUGAAGUGCUUGUUGAUAGCCAGUGAGCAUGCAGAGGUUCUUUUCCACUGGACCGACUCUGAAUUUCAGCAGAAUAUCCAGGAGCAGUAUGGAGCAUCCCAGGAAGAAGGCCAAGGGCUUCCAGCCUUCGAGGACAGCAUCAGCACCCUGUUUGCUCCCAUCAUCAUCUCCUGCAGCACCAUGGUGGACCGGCUGGGUGACAGCUACACCUCCUUCACCACAGAAAACAACCACAUCUAUGUCCUACAUCAGUUUGACGAGUGUCUCUACAUUGCUGUGAACGGAGACGGCGAGGAGGGAGAGGAUGAUCUCCGGAGGAAGAUUUAUGUGAUGAAGAAGAUGAUUGAGGUCCUGUUUGGCAUGGUCACCCUCAGCAGUAACCUCCUCAAAAAAGAGCUGCGUCCUCAGGACACGGAGCAGAGAGCGAGGCUGUGGAAGUACCUGCAGAGUCUGCUGGACACGUACAGUCAGCUCAGAGAGAACGACCAGAGCUUCUUAGUGGAGGCAGUAGAGAGGCUGAUCCACCCCACGCUGUGUGAGCAGUGCAUCGAGUUCCUGGAGCGUCGGAUAGUUCAGCAGCUCAACAGCAGCGUGGAGCGAGCAGGAGAGGAGGUGCUGCACUCCUUCAUCCUCGUUCACACUAAGCUGCUCGCCUUCUACUCCAGUCGCAAUGCAAGCACGCUCACCACCUCAGACCUCCUGGCUCUCAUCAUCAUGGCACAAAACAUGUACCCCAGCAACACAGAUCUGGACGACCCCGGCCCAGAGGAUGUUGAGAGCACGUCCGGUUCUGGUCCUGAGAGUUUUUACACCCCAGAGCCCUCCCCAACAGACUCCAGCAGCAGUUCAGAGAAGCCAGUGAGGGGAAGCACUCCUGUAUUUGAGUUUGUGGACCCAGACGUCCAGAUGGCAGAGGACAGUCUGCAGACUCUGGAGGUCCCUCCCCCUGACCCUUCAACCCCUCGUAGAGUCUUCUUAGAGGUCUCUCUCAAGGAGGGCCUGUAUCCCAUGAUGCCUCACUCCAUGUACUGCUUGCCUCUGUGGCCGGGGAUCACUCUGGUGCUGCUAACAAAGAUUCCCACCAGUGCAGUGGCAAUGUCAGUGUAUAAAUUUUUGGAGGCCUUUGCCAAGCUGGAGAAGCGUUUGAGUGAAGGCCACGAAGGAUCUUCUGCCACCAGAGGACAGCCGACUAUAUUCGACAUCCGCAGCAAACUGGACAAAUUCAUUAAAGCACUGGGGCCCAGUGAGAUACAGUCUGCACAGUUGCAAAACAUGUGGACAGAGUUCAAAAACCGAGCCUUUGCCAGAGUUGGACCAGGGUUCACCAGAGCGCUCAUCCCGUGGUGUAAGGAUAUGAAGACACAGCUGUGUGGGAUUUACCGACAGUGUUUUCUUAUCGACCCCGGACCCUCUGACAUUCCUCGGCGUCUCUCCCCAGGCCUGCAGGAACGAGCCCAGACUAUGGUGCAGGAGAAACUGAUGGACUGGAAGGAUUUCUUGUUGGUGAAAAGCAGGAGGAAUAUCACCAUGGUGUCAUACCUGGAGGAUUUCCCGGGUCUCAUUCAUUUCAUUUGCGUGGACCGAUCCACCGGUCAGAUGAUUGCACCAUCACUGAACGUCACAGAACGCAGCACAUCUGAGCUUGGGAAGGGGCCGGUGGCUCAGUUCAUCAAAAGCAAGGUGUGGAGUCUGGUCAGCACAACACGGCGCUAUCUCCAGAAAGGUUACUCCACCGUCACGCUGAGAGACGGAGACUUCUACUUCUGCUACUUCCUCUGGUUUGAAAACGACACUGGCUACAAGCUAGAGGCAGGAGACAUACCACACCUACCUGAUGACUCUGCACCCAUUGGGAUGCUUGCCUGGGACUACUACAGGAAGCUGCUGCGAUACUACAGUAAGCACCACCAGGGGGAGGUGGUGAAGUGCUACGAGCUGCUGACGGUUCACCUGGGGGUCAUCCCCACUGAGAUCAUCCUGCAGCACUGCAGGCAGCUGGCCAGCAAACUGUGGGAGCCCUCACGCAACCCACUGCUGUAGACAUACACAUACAGGUGAACAGAGGCUAAUGUGCACAUUUUGUGAUGAUGCCAAGAUGAAGGAACAAAAAAAAAACCUAGUCUCAUUUUUUAAUGAUUUAUGUGGUGUCCACUGUCUGUUUUUUCUAAAUUUACUUGUUUUGAAGCUUUUGUAUCCUCUAAAAAAUAAGUUCACUUUAAAGUAUAUAUUAAAAGUACUUAAACUUUUGACUAUUGAACACCAGUUUGCACUUAAAAUGUCUUUGCUCUGAAGAAUAUUAACAAAUUUGUGCCUAAAUUUUUGUAGAAUUUAAUAUAUGUUUCAAUACACAUUUGUGACCAAUUUUCUAUUUAUUAGCUUUUUCUAUGUUUGUUUUUGUUAGUUUUCAAUUUUUAAAUUUGUAGCUCAAGAUUUUUAUAAUUGCAGAUUUUCAUCAUUUGUGCCUUUACUACUGAUAAUGCCAUAAACUGUACAAAUGCAACAUGAAAUGAUGAUUCCUGAAUGUCUCUAGAUUAUUUUGGAGACAAUAAACAUU